UGAAAAAUAAAUAAGUUAACAAUUUACUUUAGCACAUUUGUUUUAAAUAGUAUAGAAUAAUAUGUAGUCUUGAAUAGCGUGCAAAUGUUUUUUCAUAUUAUUCUAUGUUAAGCUGAAUUGUAAAAUUAUACUAUAAAAAUGUUAUUAAUUACUAUGUUAUAGGUAUAAAUAUUUUUACAAUGAAAAUAAUUCUUGUGUGUAGAAAUUGGUUUGUCUUUAAAAAUUUUUCCAGAAAGCAUAGUUCGAAAGAAUGGCUUUCACGACAAAAUUCUGAUCCAUACGUAGAAAAAGCCAAAGUAGAAAAUUAUAGGUGUAGAAGUGCAUUCAAACUCUUACAAAUAGAUGAUAAAUUUUCUAUAUUGAAACCAGGACAAUGUGUUAUAGAUGUUGGUGCAGCUCCAGGUAGCUGGUCACAAGUAGCUGCAUCUAGAAUUAAUGUAAAUUUUAAUGAUAGUAAAUUGCCUUCUGGUUUACUAAUCGGCAUUGAUCUUCAGCAAAUGUAUCCAAUAAAAGGAGUGACGUUAUUGGGAAAUUCUGAUUUCACAUCUCCAAAAACAUGGCUUAAGAUAAAAAGUCAUUUAAAUGGUCGACUUAUAGACGUUGUCUUAAGUGAUAUGGCUCCUAAUUCUACAGGGGUUAAACAUUUAGACCAUGACUUAAUAAUCAAAUUAGCAUACUCAGUUAUCAAAUUUUCUGUUUUAAAUUCAAAUGUUGGUGCAGCUUGUUUGAUUAAAAUUUUAAAUGGUAAUCAAAAUAUGGAAAUUGAAAAAACUUUAAUAAAAUUUUAUACUAACGUAAAAUUUGUAAAACCUAAAGCUAGUCGAUCGGAUUCUUCUGAAAUGUAUCUUCUUGCCCGUGGAUUUAAAGGCCUCAAAUAGAAUUAAUGUUUAUAUUAAUAUUUAAGAAAGUUUAAACUAUGUACAUUAACAUGAUAUUUAAAUUGUUUUAAAAUAUAAUUUAUUAUUCAAAUUUUAAUAAAUAGUUUUUAAUUUU